AUGUCGUCCGAUACCAAGUCCCCCUCCGUCGAGAAGGUUGAGGACCUCGAAUCCGUCAAGGUCGCCCAAGAUGAUCCAGACGCCGAGUUCGGGGGCACCGAACAGAGGAAGAAGAUGGAGAAGUGGUUGCUCUUGAAAUUGGACCUCCGCAUGUCCAUCCUGGUCAUCAUUUACAUUCUGAACUACAUCGAUCGCAAUAACGCAGGAGCUGCGCGGCUUCGAGGCUUUGAGACUGACCUGCAUCUCAAGGGUCAGGACUUCGCGACAUUACUGUCGAUCCUCUAUGUCGGUUACAUCAUCAUGCAGGUACCUUCCAACAUGAUUAUGAAUUAUGUUGGAAAACCGUCGCUUCAUAUACCAAUAUGCAUGGCAAUUUGGGGAAUGAUGUCCAUAUUGACAGGGAUCACGAAGAACUUCGUCGGGGCGCUUCUGACGCGUUUCUUCCUGGGCUUCAUCGAAGCCGCAUUUUUCCCCGGCGCGCUGUUCCUUCUCAGUAAAUGGUACAGGCGCAGUGAACUGGGCUCUCGCACUGCCCUCCUGUAUUGCGGAAAUAUCAUCAGCAACGCCUUCGGCUCCCUUAUGGCCUCCGGUAUCCUCGACGGCAUGCAAGGCAAGCUCGGGCGUGCCGCCUGGCGCUGGCUCUUCUAUAUUGAGGGCUCCCUGACGAUCUUCUUCGCGCUCUUGGCGAUUUUUAUUCUCCCCGACUUCCCCGCGACGACGCGCGGGCGGUGGCUCAGCCCGCUGGAGCGCCGCCUCGCGAUGCGGCGCAUGGAGGAGGACGCAGGCGUCGGCGACGAGUCAGAGACCGAGGCGGGCGGGCAGAUGCAUGGACUGUGGCUCGCCGUCACGGACUGGCGAGUUUGGUGGCUCGCGUUCAUGAUGACGAGCCAGGUCGUCGCGCUCAGUUUCAACGCGUACUUCCCGACUCUCAGCGCGACGAUGGGCUUCGGCAGGACCGUGACGCUGCUGCUGUGCGCCCCGCCAUUUGUGCUCACCGCCAUUCUGGCGUACAUCGUCUCUCGGCACUCUGACAAGACCGGUGAACGUUUCUACCAUAUGAGCAUCCCGUACUUCUUCGGUCUCAUCGGCUUCGUAAUCGCGAUCAGCACUAUGAACACGGCCGCCCGAUACGUUUCCCUCUUCUUGAUGGCCCAGUCAUAUGCAGGCUUUGUCGUGCUGUACACCUGGGUCAGCAACUCCUUCCCUCGUCCUCCAUCCAAGCGUGCCGUAGCGGUAGCGCUCGUGAACGCGUUCUCGCAGCUCGGCAACGUUGCUGGCUCAUACGUGUGGCCGAGUAACUGGGGCCCCACCUAUCGUUACUCCUACGCCAUCUGCAUCUCGACCUGUUGUACCGCCAUCAUUAUGGGGUACAUCUUCAAACUACACCUCACAGAGUUGAACAAGCAGCUGGAGAGGGAGGAAGAAGAGCAAGGCAAAGAAAGGGGCUUCCGCUACUUGGUAUGA